UCAGCAUAUAUCUUUUUUUUUAAUUGGAGGGAUGCACAGGAGGGGAAAUUGAAAAAAAAAUUUGUUGGCUUUUGUUUACCUGGCGUGUGUGGCAACGGGCUUUCUCACUGCCUGCCAUCUCUGACCUUUCUUUCUUUCCUUUCUCUUCUUUCCAAGGGGGGGGGGAUAAUUCUUACCCCCCAUGUGCAUGAAGGGUUAAGGGGGAAUUGGGGGGGAAUCUGAGAAUCCAACCAAGCCCUGCCCCCCUUCUGUAGAAAACCAAUAAUACCCCCUUCUUUUUUAAAAAAUUUUACCUUCAUCCUAUCCUUUCUCCUCCUCCUCCCACUCCCUCCUUUCCACACCCCCCACCCCCACCCCCAACUCACAACUCUGUUGAGUCCAGAAUUUCAGAAUCUGGUGUUGGGCUUUGCCGGGAUGCUUCGGAGGAAUGGAUGAAUUCCACCCGUUCAUCGAGGCCUUGCUGCCUCAUGUCCGUGCCUUCUCCUACACCUGGUUCAAUCUGCAGGCGCGGAAGCGCAAGUACUUCAAGAAACAUGAGAAGCGCAUGUCGAAGGACGAGGAGCGGGCAGUGAAGGAUGAGCUGCUGGGGGAGAAGCCCGAGAUCAAGCAGAAGUGGGCGUCCCGGCUCCUGGCCAAGCUGCGCAAGGACAUCCGGCCCGAGUUCCGUGAGGACUUUGUGCUGACCAUCACCGGCAAGAAGGCCCCUUGCUGUGUCCUCUCCAACCCUGACCAGAAGGGCAAGAUCCGCCGGAUUGACUGCCUGCGCCAGGCCGACAAGGUGUGGCGGCUCGACCUGGUCAUGGUGAUUUUGUUUAAGGGGAUCCCCCUGGAAAGUACUGAUGGGGAGCGGCUCUACAAGUCUCCCCAGUGCUCCAACCCCGGCCUGUGUGUCCAGCCUCACCACAUUGGAGUCACAAUCAAAGAACUGGAUCUUUACCUGGCUUACUUUGUCCACACUCCUGAAUCCGGACAAUCAGACAGUUCCAACCAGCAAGGAGAUGCGGACAUCAAACCACUGCCCAAUGGGCACUUAAGUUUCCAAGACUGCUUUGUGACCUCUGGGGUCUGGAAUGUGACUGAGCUGGUCAGAGUAUCACAGACUCCUGUUGCUACGGCGUCAGGGCCUAACUUCUCCCUGGCGGAUUUGGAGAGCCCCAGUUACUACAACAUAAACCAGGUGACCCUUGGGCGGCGGUCCAUCACGUCCCCUCCUUCCACCAGCACCACCAAGCGCCCUAAGUCCAUAGACGACAGCGAGAUGGAGAGCCCCGUGGAUGAUGUGUUCUACCCUGGGACAGGACGGUCCCCAGCAGCUGGCAGCAGCCAGUCCAGUGGUUGGCCCAAUGAUGUGGAUGCAGGCCCGGCUUCUCUAAAGAAGUCAGGAAAGCUGGACUUCUGCAGUGCCCUCUCCUCUCAGACCAGCUCCCCGCGCAUGGCUUUCACCCACCACCCGCUGCCCGUGCUAGCUGGAGUGAGACCAGGGAGCCCCCGGGCGACAGCCUCUGCUCUGCAUUUUCCCUCGACCUCCAUCAUCCAGCAGUCGAGCCCUUACUUCACCCACCCGACGAUCCGCUACCACCAUCACCAUGGCCAGGACUCACUGAAGGAGUUUGUGCAGUUCGUGUGCUCGGAUGGCACAGGCCAGGCCACAGGGCAGCCUAACGGUAGUGGCCAGGGCAAAGUCCCGGGGUCAUUUUUGCUACCACCGCCGCCUCCAGUGGCCAGACCUGUGCCCCUUCCUAUGCCUGAUACCAAAUCCACCAGCACUACCCCAGACGGCGCCGCCUUGACUCCUACAUCACCCUCAUUCUCAACGACAGGCGCCUCCUCUGCCAACCGGUUUGUCAGCAUCGGACCCCGGGACGGCAACUUUCUAAACAUCCCACAGCAGUCUCAGUCCUGGUUCCUCUGACAAGAUCUACAAGAAAAAGAAAGAAGAGGAAAAAGGGGGAAGAAGAGAUUUUGAGACAUGGAAAAAUCCCCCAGCCCAGCUCAGCCCAACUAGUCCCACCCCACCAAAAAGCAAAAUUUAAAAGUCAUCAUCCACUCUACCCUCUCCUGCCAGGGGAUCCCUUCUGGCACCCACAGAGCCCAGCCCAGCUGUCAGGACCCAGAAGAAGGGGCCUGGGGUGGAGCCACACACCAGCAGCCAGGAGGAAAGGAAAACUGGGGAAAACAGAAAUUUGAAAAAAAACAAAAACAAAAACAAAACCAAACACAAACAAAAAAGGGUGACAAGGAGCGGUCCCCUGUCCACUCCCUACACCUUUACAUCCCUACACACAGACACAGACACACACAGACACACACACACACACAUACACACUACACUACACUUUAUACUACUGGGGCCUCCUGGCUACAACCCAGGCAAAAGCCAAGGGGAAAGAAGUGAAAGUUGAAAAGUUUUCCAAUGCAUAACCAACCUGGCUAGGAGGUCCCAACUCCUGCCCUGUCUCUUUGCUAAACGACAAAGCACCCUCCCCAGCACACCUCAGGCCCGCUGCUCCCUGGGAGCUGGAAGAACUGGCUUCAGUGAGAUGUUUCCAUCAUAGAAAUCUCAAGGGUCUUGAACCCUUUCUGCCCCUUGCUCCUCCCAGCCUUGGUCCCGUUCCUCCAGCAAGAGCAGUUGAACCUGAUCUGACCUUGGUUGGGGUAUGUGGGUCAGGGUGCUUUCUAAGGCUCUUUUCCAUUUGUUCUGGCACCCAGGACCCCCAAGGGCCUGGGAAGGAGAACCCCCGAGAGCUAGGCCUGACCAGGGAUCCAGUGAGGCCUUUGAUGCCUUCCUGGAACCUCUGAAGUUGUUUUAUGUUUGUAUUCUUAUGCACCAGGGUAGAGAGAGCUGAGUUUUGACAUGAACUUGGCCUGGAGGGGGGUGCCAGUUCACUGGAGCCCAUUGGAAGAGAGGCAGAGUCUGCCCCUGGAAUAGACCUAGCCCAAUAUUGUACCCUCUUCCCUAGAGUCACUCUUACCCCACACCAGCCUUGAUGAUAGCUUUCAUGUCAUCUUAUCAUUAUGUACAGUCUUAUAGGAACAAGUCGAAAUGCUCUCAACAGGACCAGCCAGCUGUCCCCCCUCCCAAGACCCUCCUCCUUGUUUCCUUGGAUGCUCCAUUGUUCUACAUUGGCCUCCCUCCUCUGCUAGCCCCCUAGAGACAGGGCCCAAAAUCGAUGGGAAGGAGUGAGACCCAUUCUGGAACUUGGACUCCAGGAAGACAGUUUGAGCAAAGGGAGAACCAGCCCCCCCCCCACCCCAAGUAUCUCCCCUGCUCUUUUCUCCCCUUAAACUUUUCCUCUAACCCAGCUCUUCCAAAACACCAGCAAGUCCUUCCAUCCAUCCUCCCCGCCAAAAAUAACUCCCAGGAAAAAUCACCAGAGAGGCUUAAUAACCUUGGCCCUGGCCUCCUGGGCUGGCCCAAAAGACCCAACAUCCAGGGCAUCAGCUGGAUUGGCGAAGCCUGAAGCUGGAUUGGAGGAGCCGAGGAGCCAGUCACACCGGCCCCAGGUCCACAGCUGGCUGCCCGCCUCUUGAGAGCUUUUCGGCUGGGACGCUAAGUCGCCUCUACCCUAGGUAGGCUUUGUGUUCACAGACUUGCUCUCAAUUUUAUGUUCCUUUAGAGGUAACGGUUGGGUGGUGGUGUUCUUCCUUUAGUAUUCCAGAGCUUGUAACUCUCUCUCCCUCUUUUUCUCUUCCAUCCCCUCUUUCCUUCCCUGCUUUCCUCUAGCCAGUUUUUAGCUGUAUUUUUUUUCCUGUUGUAGUUGGGAAAUUGUUAUCAAAUUGGGAACAAAAAGAAAUCAACAUGUCCUAGAAAGCUGCUCCUCUCUGCCCCUUCCCCAUCCCAGGGAUGGGCUCAGACCAAGGAGAGAGGCCCAGAGCCAUUCAUUUGGUUUCCGGCUCCUCUCCAGACUGGGUUGGGCAAGGGCAAAGGGCCAGGGGCCGGGGGGGCCUCCAAGCCCACUGAACAUCCCUAGAUAGAUGGGCUCCAGGUUCUCCAGGACUUCCUUCUCACUCUGUGUGACUUCUCUCUCUGUGCCUUACUCCCUCCUAGCUUCUCUGUGGUGUUUAUUUCUCCUCUCCUUUCUCUUGUCUUUCUCUUCUUUUUUCUUCUCUUCUCCUCUUCUCUCUCACACACACAUUCUAUGGAAACACAAAGCACAGGUUGGGAGCCUCAGUCCAACAUUGCACCGGGUUGGGGGGAGCCAUGGACUCUAUUAGUGGUUUUGCAUUGGUUAAAGGCUGUGGAUGGUGUGAUCAGGAAAGGGUAAGGCAGCCCUAAGGGGGGAGGGGGGGAGGGAAAGCUAGUUAGGAGCCUCAGACCUACCCAUAAGGAAAGCUGUGGGAGACCUCCCCCCCUAAACUCAGCCACAAGAGGUUUUUAGUUUUUCAAGUGGAGUGUGUGUCUGUCCCUAUCUGCAGCCUUGGGAAAGGACCAGGAAAGAGAGGGGAGGAGAAAGGAGGAGUGGAAUUGGGGGUUUGGGCCUCCCCAUAAGUGCUGCCUCCUCUCCCGACUCAGGGUGGUGUUAGGAAGCUGGCUUGGGGUGGCUGGGGCCGGGCUGGGGCCAGGGGAGAUUCCUGGUCAAAGUGCAAUGAUUUUCCAGUUCGGUCGGCAAAACAGGGUCAGACCUGCAGCAGGGAGAGGAGAGGGAAGAGCCCAAAGCUGGCCUGGCCAGCCCCCUUCCCGUCUCCACUCCCACCCACCUCUUUUCCUGGGGACUUCCCCCCAGACAAUCGUUGCCACGCACAAACCUCCGUGCCUGGGCCUUGUAUGUGUCCCUAACCUCACGGAGCCAGGCCCUGGCUUGGGAUUUUGGGGAGCCUCAGCUGCUCCCUCCUCGCACUAGGUAUAAAGCUGCAGGCCAGCUGCGUGUGCCUCACCUCCUUGCCCAGCCUAGGUGGGGGGCAGUCUGAGGUGAAGGGAGGGUACAGGGAACCCCCAAAUUAGGACAGUCUCGGCUUAGAGUCGUCUUGGUUGGGGGGCGGGGGAGGGGGGAUGGUAGAGCAAGAUAGAAGCGGGCCGCGGCAAUGGGGGGGGGUGGGUGGGUGGGGAUUUGCAUGGAAUCCGUUUGUUUCCCUGAUUACCAUCAUUUCGGUUUGAGGGCAGGAGGCGGCGGUGGCGACAGGAAGCGGGGACUGUUAGAAAAAAAAAAAAGAAAAAACACAAAAACCUUUUUUUUAAAAAAAAAAACAAAAAUAUAUAUACGGGGGAAUGAACUUUUUUUUUUUUCAUUGAACCAAGUGCAAUGCAUUGGAGAGUUUUCCUAUCUUUGUAUGUUAGAGAUUGUUAAGAAGAAGAAAAAAGUCUAUUUUUGUUGCAAUGUCCUCGCGGCUCUGGGGACACUAAAGAAACGGGCCGCCCGCCAUGUGCGGGCACCGACGCCCAAGUGGGUUUUCCGUUUGUUUGUUUUUUUUUUUUUCGUUGUUUUUUUUUUUUUUUUUUUUUUCGUUCGUUCGUUCGUUUUCGGUUGUUUCUUUUUUUCUUUCUUGAAGCCGUUUGCCUGCGUGGACGAGGCUGAACCGGGGCUUGCCCUGCGUCGCCGUCUGUUCUCGGGGUCGGUGGGAGGGCUGAAGGAAGGA